CAUCUCUUUGAGAAGGUACAUUUAAACAUAACUGUGUGGUGGAGAGAGGCGUACGAGAGAGGAGAAAGAGACACACACUUAGGCACAACAACAACAACAACACCUGAUACUCUCUCAUCAGGGAUCCAGCAGCCAAAUAAGGCAUCUUAUUUUGUGUUUUUUGGGCUUUUGUUGGAAAGAUUGUGGAGAUGUCCAACGUCCAGUUAUCGUGCAGCGCACUGGAGAGGCUGGUGGCCAGGAGGACCUUCCCUCUCCACAGACGCACAAGUGUCUGCCGCAACCUCUUCGGACCGGUGGAUCACGACGAACUAAACGGGGAGAUGAAAACCAAGCUGCGGGAGAUUUCUGAACGGGACCAACAGAGAUGGAACUUUAAUUUCGAGGCCAACGCCCCGCUGGAUGGGGAUUACGAGUGGGAAGAGGUGCCCGUGGAUAAGACCCCGGUGUUUUAUCAGAGCUCUGUACAGAACGGCAGGACCAGGGUGUCUGAGACACCCGUCAAGCAGAGGUCCUCCUCGGAGUCUGUUCUCCCGGAGACACCUGACAUGGAUGUACUGGAGCGCUUGGCCGUUCCCGAGAGCAGCAGCACUCCCUGCCCGGUGGAGCUUAACCAGGAGAACCGCACAGACAAACUCAACUCAGGGAAGCCGGCUCACAGACAGGUCCCGUGUGUUAGACGCAAGAGAACAGCCACUACUGACAACAACACACACAUCACAGACUUCUUCGUGAAACGAAAGAGGGCUGCUGAUAAAAAAUCUAAUGACAUGAGCGCUUGCCACCACUCCAAGUCUCCAAUCUCGGUGGAACAAACUCCACGAAAGAGGAUCCGUUGAAGGUGUUUUGCACUAUUUGCCUGCGCAUUUUGAGGAUCGAGAUGGGGAUGUUUUUCCCCGUUACUUAAAACGCCGGAGAAAGAGAAAAAGGCGGACGGUGUUUGGGAGAAAGAAGCCCAACCGGCCGGCUGCUUCGGCUCGGUGCGCCCCGGCGGAGCGUUACCUGAACACCGGAGCAGACUCUCAGGACUGAACGGUUUGGGUGGGGGGUGGGGGAGGGAGAGGAAAAAGAGGACAUUUCGCCGAAUGUCUUCUAUCCAGUACAAAUGUAGCAUUCAUUGUUGCUUUUGCAUACAGCCACUCGACAGUGUUAAAUGUUUUAACAUCUGUGCAAUCCUAAAUUACUUUAAAAGAAUUGUCUACACUGGCCAAAAGUGUACAGCUUUAUAGAGACAAUAGCCUAUAAAUGUUUAUUUUCUGUUCUGUUUUUUCUGUAAAUGUAUAUUUUUAAGACUAUUCUAACUUAUAAUUUAUUUAUGUUUCUUUAUAUUUGAUUUAGCCAAAGGGCAAACUCCUUAUUUUAUUUUAUUAUUUCUAUUUUGUGUUAUUGUGAUGUUUUGCAAUCAUGUAGCUUGCCCAUAGUAGUCAACACUUGAAAAAUAGGUUUCUUUGUGUUUCUGAGCCGUUUUGUGUUUUCAUACAAGUGCCCUAAUUAUGUCUUGUAAAAGAUGAGAAUAAAAUAUUUUUCACUUCAACUUUAAA